AUGUCGAUUAUUGAUAACAUCAUAAAUAGUCAUUUGGGUGAAAAAGUGGAUAGUUUUAAGCUUUAUAUUCCUGCGCCAUCAAAGUACAACUUUCCUUUAAAGAAGUGGAUUCAAAUUGUUGCAUCAAAGGGCCUAGAAGAGCUCGAGUUACAAGUAGCUACCUCUAUUAAUCGAACUACUUACAAUAUGGAAUCUAAUUCUAUCGACAUUGACACUCUUUACGUUCUGAAACUGACUGGUUGUGGCUUGUCUCUAUCGCCAAAUUCAAAAAGCUUACGAUUAUUGAAAUCUCUUAGUCUAACUAGAGUUCAAGUUGUACCUCUUUUUAUUAAAAAAUUAUUUAUACAUUGUGUGGUUCUUGAGUCUUUAGCAUUGGAUGAUUGUUCUUCAACUGGUGAUCUUACAAUCAAAGGUUCGAACAAAUUUCGAACUCUUUUGAUUAGAAAUUGUGGUGACAUAACUUUGAUCACCGUAGAUAAUCAAAAUAUCAACACAUUUCAUUAUGAUGGUCAGAUUAACAAAAUCAAAUUUGUUGAUCCAAUCAUAUCAAAAGAUGUGAUAUUAAAUCUUGGUAUCGCUACUUGGCUUCAACAUAUAAGUGAAAGGCAUGAUUUAAUUGAAGUCUUAAGAAAUGUGCAAAUUCUCUCGAUUAACAAUAUUGUUCUUGAGGGACUUUCUCCUAAAUAUGUGGAUUUUGAGCACAUUGAUAUGGAGUUAUACCUUCCAAACUUGAAGGAGCUUCAGAUAGUUAUAUACGGGCUUAGCUUUGUUAACCCAUGUGACAUUAUUUUAUUUGUCAAGAAUUGCCCUCAAAUUGAAAGACUCUUUCUUGACUUGGGUAAUUAUGCAAUGGAAGCUGGAAGCUACUGGAAUUCAAUUGCAAAGGAAAAACUUGAGAAUUGCAAAAUUGAGUUUCCACAACUAAAACUAUUAAAAGUGAAAGGGUUCAAGAGACUUGAACUUGAAAAGAAAUUGGUGAAUUUCUUUUCGUCGCGAGCAAAGUGGCUUGAGUCUUUGAUUAUUGUUUCAAAGGAGAACUGUCUAGAAAUUGAGUUGAGUGAUGUCAUUACAGUUUCAAACACAACUAUGCUUUCUACCUACCGUCAAUAUGAGGACAAAAGUUGUGUAUUUCCUAAGCAUGGAGAUUUAUAA